UGUCACCAAGCUAAGAUGUUGUGUCAGCAAGUCAAUAAUAUGACAUUAUCACAAGUACCUGCACAUUCACAAAGUUUUGGUAAUCCUUCAGUUCCCCCUGUGAGAAGUAACUUUGGUCCAUUGCCAAAUUUAAAUUCUACAAGCAGUGCCUAUCAGCCAAUGCCUGCAUCAGCUUUUCCUUCAGUUCCCACGUAUACUCAAUCAAACAGAGAUUUUAUUUCUCCUCCACCACCACCUCUUCCUCCUCAAUCACAGCAUUCAACUUUCAAUCAAGGAACUAAUGUGCUUCAGAAUCAAGCUCCAUUACCCCCUACAACACAGUUCUCAAGUCCAUCAUAUGGCCUUCCAUUAAAUUCAUCAGUUAAUAAUUCACCAUCAGUAUCAUCAGGUAUUGGUACAAAUGCAGCUGCUUUUAGUCAAAAACCACCACCUGUACCUUACAGUAAUUCUACUAAUAAGAUGCAAUCAAAUCCUGGAUCUUUGCCACCACUACCACCACCACCAAGUUCAUUAGGGCCAUCAAUGAAUAAUAUGCAGCAGUAUUCUAUGACUGCACCUCAGCCAAUGGGACAAUAUCCACCAAUGUCCAAAAUGUCAUCUCUGCAGGAACAUUAUCCUCCUGUAUCAUCUCAAAUUCAUCAGCCAUUAAUUUCACCAACUGGAUCAACUCCUCCAAAUUAUCAAUCUCAGUAUAAUCAGUCUGGAAUUGGAUCCCCUCCAUUACCUGGAAUGCCAUCUGCUAAUAGAAUGAGUGGUCCUGUACCUCAGUCUCCACCACCACCACAGCUUCAAAGAAGACUUGAUCCUGAUCAGAUGCCUAGUCCUGUAA